GGGAUGCUUCUACUAUAAAAGGGGACAGCUACUUCGUCAGACUAUGAACUACACGGAGCCCCUUCAUUGCAUCCAGUCUCUGAUAUCGUCACAAUCCACACCGCGACAAGUUGCCCCGGAAAACCCCACCCCCAGGCAUCUCAAGAGCUUGAUAGCAGUCUAGCCACAAGACAGGACACCGAGGACGACCAUAAUGUGCGAUUGGGAGGAGUUUCUCUUUACCUGCAGCCACUCUGUGGUGAGGCUCAAGUCGUACUGCCACUUCGCCCGCAACGACCCCAACCACCAAUGUUUCGGCGUGAAAGUCCUUCGAAAAUCGUGGCAACAAGCGAUCCCUUGCGAGCAAUGCAUCGCGAGAUGGCAUGAAAACAGCCAACAACAAUUCGGCCAGUCUCUUCUCCGAGCUCCCGGUCGACAAUAGGGGCGUUUGGGUUCAGUGGUUCAGUCUCCCUUUACCGCGUUCAGAUCUUCCCGAGGACUGGAGUUGGGAAACCCUGUGCAGUCCAACAUCUAGAAGGCACUGGGGGGGGGGGGCUUCUUUGACAAUUAGCGAUUGAGCCGGUCUUGGCCGUGUAUCAUCAUUGUGGGAGAAUGCAGCGGUAUAACAGGAGGAAAAGGGGUAAUGAUAAUAGCCGGUAUCUAUGUGCUAUCAGAU